AUGGCAGAGCACGAGCCCACACCAGAGGAGCUGGCAGCGAUCGCAGCAGCCAAUGAUGAGAGCGACUCUUCUGUCAACUACAAACCCCCUGCCCAGAAGAGCUUGAAGGAGAUCCAGGAGCUGGACCAAGAUGACGAGAGCCUGCGCAAGUACAAGGAGGCGCUGCUGGGAAACGCGGCUGCUGUAGUCGUUGAUCCCACUGUCCCCAACGUCCAGGUGACGAAGAUGGUUCUGGUGUGCGAUACGGCUCCAAACAAUCUGGUCCUCGAUCUGACUGGGGACCUGGAAGGCUUCAGGAAGAACCCGUUUCCAAUGAAGGAGGGAGUUGAGUACAGAAUAAAGAUCUGCUUCAAGGUCAACAAAGAGAUCGUGUCAGGCCUGAAGUACAUGCAGCAAACUUUCAGGAAAGGAGUUAGAGUUGACAAGUCUGAUUACAUGGUGGGCAGCUACGGCCCCAGACCAAGCGAGGAGUACGAGUUCCUCACCACAAUGGAGGAAGCCCCAAAAGGGAUGCUGGCCCGCGGCACCUACCAUAUCAAGUCCAAGUUCACCGAUGACGACAAAAACGAUCACCUGUCUUGGGAAUGGAGCCUCGCUAUCAAGAAGGAUUGGAAGGACUGAUUUUUUUUUUAUUUUUUUUUCCCCCCCCUUCCCACACUCGCUCGCUGGUCCACCAAUGUCUUCCUCUGCUUUGUUUCCGCUUUUCUUUUUUUCUUGCCAUCAUUCCCACCUCCCCCUGGAUAUUGGAUUGUUUCAGUCUUUUGCUCUCUCCGUCCAUCAGCUUGCUCACUCCUCUCCUGCGGUUCCAUCUAUUUUCCUUUUCUUCUAAAUUCCAAUCACUUCAUCAUUCCUCCCAUAGCAACGCUGAUUGAUUUUUGUUUGCACCAGCCUUUAUUACAAGAAUGACAUCUUAAAAAAAAACCCGGAGAAAGUAAAUGGUGUUCAUUAUCCAGAUUUUUGGUUACAGUUUGUUUAUAAAAAAGGAAAGAAAAAAAAAAAAAAGCAUCUGUUAACAAGCAAAUUUGAUUUCUAUCACUUUUUUCCUUCCUUUCUUUUCUCUCUUUUUCACAUUGUUUUGUACGAUUACCACGAUCUGCCUUGGAAAGAAUUGUACAGGAAGCUAAAGUGCUGCGUGCACACGGUCGCUGUACGGUCACUGAGCAGUAAUUGCUGGACACAAAUCUUGGACACAGCCCGCCUAAAGCCUUUGAGCAGAUUAUUUGUAGUUGGGUCUUGUUAAAUUAUUUGGAAUUCAGGCCACUUCUUUUUUCCAAAUAGUCGAACAGCCAGCAAAUUCUGCUGAGAGAAGAGGGAAAGCAGUUACCUCUAACCCCCUUGCAUUCCCUCGCUUUAGCUGUGGCUGUUUUCUCUUUUUUUUUUUUUUUUUUUCCUGAUCAGGGUAUUUUGGCAGGUUUUGUUUUUGUUUUGUUUUUUAGCAGCCGUGUGGCCUUAACAAGUAAAUAAAAAAAAUAGACAGCCUAGUUGAGCCAGUUGCCUUCUUACUAUUAAAUAUUAUAUUUGCCAGACCAUCGUGUGAGCCUGUUUUAACAGAUUUUGUAUUAUAUUGACAGGGAAUCAGGACAGAGGACAUGCUAAUCUCCUUGUUUCAGGGUGUCAAUCAUAUCAGCUUUAUUCGCCAACACCUUCAUUUCAGUACUUUGUAGGUUUCUUCAAAUCUAAUAAAUGAACUCUAAAUCUAAGAGUCCGGGUUGUACUAAUGGCUUUAUGUCACCCAGUCUCCUCUUAUGUUCCUGAGGACAUCAAUUCUAGCGCGUUACCUCAGUUCCCUAUUGAGCCGAACACCGCAGAAAACUGUUAAACCGCUCACCUCGUAUUGCUCAAGUUAAAGAUUACCACUGCUGACUGUGCCUCCAGACUCUCCCGACCGGCCACGCGCCGCCUCUGCUGACUCAGCAGAGCUCAGAGUUGUCUAUAAUUGACUUAUGAACCAGAAUAGAGACGCGAGUCCUUUAACCAGACACUGAUGGUUAACACAUCCUGCCAUAUGAAAGUGUUUUUCCUUUCUUUUUUUUUUUUAAAUACACUCCAUAAGUAUCCGAGUGAAGCCCGUCAAGCUUCGUUCAGCUCUCGUGCCGUGGACUGAUGUUUUUCCUCUGUGGGUUGAGUGAGACUCGAUGUGUGCUAUUUGUAUUACCCUACAGUUUACUGAUCUGUGUUCACAUUAAAGUGUUCAGACUGGG